AUGGCCCCUAAGACAUGGUUGAUCACAGGCUGCACUUCUGGCUUCGGCGCAGACUUCGUAUACGAAGCUUUGAAGCGAGGAGACAGAGCCAUAGCUACCGGUCGCGGUGACAUAUCCCGCCUCUCUGCGCUAAAACAAGCCGGCGCACAUGUCUACACGCUCGAUGUGACCGCGUCAUCAGAGGCGAUCAACGAGACCGUUGCGAAAAUGAUUGAAGAGGUCGGUGACAUUGAUAUCCUGGUCAACAAUGCGGGAUAUCUGAGAAUGGGCCUCGUGGCCGAUUUACAAGCGUGGCGUGAUAUUUUCGAGACCAACUUCUUCGGCGCGCUGAAAAUGACACAAGCGCUGCUACCGCACUUCCGUGCACGCAAGACCGGCGAUUUUGUCUUCAUCGGAAGCAUCUACGGUCUCGUAGGCAACAUGGCCUGCACGUCAUACUCAGCCACGAAGUUCGCACUCGAAAGCCUGCACGACGGGCUGAUACAGGAGGGCGCACCUUUUGGUAUUCGAUCCCUCAUGUUCGAGCCAGGAGUCUGCCGUACAGAAGUUGUCAAGAACUCGAAGGAAAAAGUCGAUACUACGCAUCGAAAGAUGGUGGAGGAGUUGGCGCCCAUCCGCUCCUUCAUUGACACGGUACACGAAGCUAUGCUAGGAAACGAAGUUGGCGAUCCGAAAAAGGUGGUUAAGGUAAUGGUGGAUAUAGUGAAAGGAGAGGGCGUCGCGGAGGGGAAGGAGAUACCGAAUCGAUUGCCACUUGGCAGCGAUGCUCUGGUCGCUGUCCAGCCGAAGUACGAGACUAUGUUGAAGCAAUGGGGAGACUGGAAAGACGUUAUUCUGAGCACGGACUGUGAUGAUGUGAUAGAGCGAGGGAACCCGGAGUAUGUGACGAUGAUGCAAGCAUUCACGUAG